UGGGUGUUCAAUGAAGUUUAUGUCUCUGGUUCCCCCAGUUAAGUGUUGGUCACGUUUCUGAGGUUGUGACAUGGAUCCAGGAUUUAGAUUUCUGUGUCAAGCAGAAACAAGGAGGUUAAUUUCAAUCUUGGGGAUAACAGUGGCUAUAGUUUUAGUGGUUCAGUAUUCGGAACUUCCAAAUAGUAAAUUCCUAUCUUCUCUUACUGCUACAAUUACUAGUUUCACAAUGGAUACAUCUUUGGCUAAUUCUAAAGUGGAAAGAAAUAAUAAUAAUAAUAAUAUGCACCUAAAUGGUUCAAAUUCAAGUUCUACUCGUGCACAUGAAGAGAUAGCUAUUAGUCCUCAGGCUUCCCUCUUAGAACAUGGUGUAGUAGUUCACAAUGGAAGAGAUUCAAUCACUGCCUCUGCACCAAAGAAAGCUAAAGGACUUGACAGUGUUGUGGUUAAUUUGGCAUCACAAGAAUCUGCUUCUUCCGUGCUUUCACCUCAGCCUAUGGCGCCAUUGCCGUACAGAACAUCCUUAGAUUCAGAAACGGAUUCGAGAAGUCCCAUGAUAUCUGUCACUCCCAAUGCAACUUCAUUGAAAUCAGAUACAACUGAUCCAGUUUACAAGGAUGGAAACUUUGGUCCUUUGCAAGGAAGUAACUUGACAUUCCAUAAUGAUAAGCCAGUGACUACAAAGAAUCCCAAAAAGAAGCCUUCUAAAGUAGUUUCAAUAUCCGAGAUGAACUUACUUUUGCAGCAUAAUCAUGCUUCUUCCCAGCAAGUGAAGCCAACUAGGUCUUCAGCUGUUGAUCUGGAAGUAUUGCAUGUAAAAUCAGAGAUUUUAAAUGCACCUAUAAUUAUGAAUGAUUCUAGACUUUACUCAGCUUUAUACAGGAAUGUCUCCAUGUUCAGAAGGAGUUAUGAACUAAUGGAGAAGAUGCUCAAAGUCUACAUCUACCAGGAUGGAGACAGACCAAUCUUCCAUGAGCCCUUACUGGAUGGAAUAUAUGCAUCUGAAGGAUGGUUUAUGAAAUCAAUGGAAGCAAACAAACAGUUUGUCACUGAAGACCCUGCGAAGGCUCACUUGUUUUACAUACCUUUCAGUUCAAGAUUGUUGCAGCAAACUCUCUAUGUACGUAAUUCACACAAACGUUCAAACUUAAUUGAGUACAUGAAAAAUUAUGUGGACAUGAUUGCUGGAAAGUAUCCUUUCUGGAACAGAACUUCUGGAGCAGAUCACUUUGUUGUUGCUUGCCAUGAUUGGGCUCCUGCAGAAACAAGAGGGCGCAUGCUUAACUGCAUCAGAGCCCUCUGCAAUGCUGACAUUGAAGUAGGAUUCAAGAUAGGCAAGGAUGUUUCUCUUCCAGAAACAUAUAUAAGGUCAAUUGAGAAUCCUGUCAAAAAUAUAGGGGGCAACCCUCCUUCUCAGAGGCCUAUCCUGGCCUUUUUUGCAGGCGGAUUGCACGGUUAUGUUCGGCCUAUUCUGUUGAAACAUUGGGAGAACAAAGAACCUGACAUGAAAAUAUCUGGUCCUUUGCCACAUGUCAGGGGUAAUGCAAACUAUCUUGAGCUCAUGAAGAGCAGCAGAUACUGUAUCUGUGCAAGAGGUCAUGAAGUUAAUAGUCCGCGUGUGGUAGAGGCUAUAUUCUAUCAGUGCAUUCCUGUUAUCAUAUCUGACAAUUUUAUUCCUCCUCUCUUUGAAGUUUUGAACUGGGAAUCUUUUGCUGUGUUUCUGAUGGAAAGAGACAUCCCUAAUUUGAGGAACAUACUGCUUUCAAUCUCUGAAGAAAGGUACUUAGAGAUGCAUAAGAGGGUGAAAAAGGUACAGGAGCAUUUUCUGUGGCAUGCUGAGCCUGUAAAGUAUGACUUGUUUCAUAUGCUUCUUCAUUCAAUUUGGUACAAUAGACUUUUCCAAAUAAGCCAGACAUGAUCAUGUAUCAAUUUUGUAGAAAACUUAUUUUGUAGAAUUGAUAACUUGAUGAUGUUAGUUAGAUUGCAUGAGUUAACAAUAUGAUUAAAGAAAAAGUUUAUUGAUUCUAGAGGGUCAUAUCUAUCCCUUGAAAAAAGAAAGCAUAAGCAUAUAAUUGUUUGGUUGUGUUGUGAAAUCGUGAUG